AUGGCUGAAGGUGAGCCAUCUGCUAAGAGGCGAAAAGUAGCCGAAACUGAAACAACCCAGGUUGAAGAGGAACAUACCGAAGAAUGUUACAUAGACCUGCUACCGUAUGAGAUCUUAUGCGAUAUCUUCGAAAUGCUGGAUUAUGAAAUGCGCAUGGAGUGCACACUGGUCUGCAAACGAUGGAAUGCAAUCUUGUGGACUGAGACAUUCGCAAAACGCAUAAAGUAUAAUCUCAGCCACUGGCUGGGAAUGCCUCUCGAUAAGUCAAUUCAAACAUAUCUAAAAAAUGUGUUGCACUGUGAGUUUCACGAUUGCGGUUCUAUAAUCGAUCCGGACAGCGAACAAUUCGAAGAGGUUCGAAAGCAGAUGAGACUCGACAUACCUUUACCGCCGGAUGAAGAACCUCGUCCGAUCGUGGAAGAAUUUAUCUUUUCUGCAGAGUUACCGAUUACAAUUUUGCAUUUCAAAUCCUCUUUCGAUCGAUUGCGCCGAUUUAUUGGCGAUCAAUUGAAUAUGAUGAAGGACCUGAAAGAACUUAUUCUCACCGUACUUCCUUUCGCCAAAUAUGAUGUGCCUGCCAAAGAUGCGCCACAGUGGGUCAUUCGGCACGAGGGCUUAGAAUCUUUGGCAUGGGAAUAUUUUGCCAAUUCAUAUAACUUCGUGUUGAACCUCCCCAAGCUAAAGAAGCUCUCCAUCCAACUUCACAAUGAUUAUGAUCUUUCAUCGCUGAUGUCCUGCAGCCAUCAACUAGUCGAACUGAAAGUUAUGUUCCAUUUUGAACGCGCCAUGGAACAAACAUUAACUUUUCCGUUUCCAAAGCUUAAAAAGCUCUAUAUAAAGCGAUGUGGUGUUGCCCAAGACUCACCCGAACGCAACACCCGUAGUGAUGAGUUGUCUGCCGAACGGUUUAUUAAGGCCGCCCCGCUGCUAGAGGAUCUUUGCCUCGACAGCAGCAAGAUUACGUUCAAAUUAUUUCGUGCUGUUUGUCUGUUUGGAGCCGGCACGUUGGCCAGACUAACCAUUCGUGAUGUCGCAUUUCCACGUGAUUUGUUCAUGCGGAUAUUGCAGCUGAAGCAGUUAAAGUUCUUACGGCUUAAAAACUGCAGCCUCGUCGAUGGCUCUCGGUUGCGAAAGGUCGACUUUCCGCAACUGACACAUUUAGAAAUCGUGAACAGCGGUACCUGUUUGCGCAUUGAUGGCGGGCUCUCGAACGUACGUCGGUUUAAGUACAGCAUGGAUUCGCGGCUGACCAAAAUCUGCCAACAUAUGCUAAUGCUCGAAGACUUGGAACUCAAGCUGAGUACCGGUGCACCCGUCUGUGAAGACAUCCGAAAACACUUUCGUUCGUUGCCUGCCCUAGUGAAUUUGCGCAUCCUGCGCCUGAGCUGGAUGAAACCCAAAACGCGCCCAUGGGACUUCUGUGUGCCAAUGCCAGCCGUGGAGCGCUUGGUCCUGCGGAACAGCUUUUUUUUGCGGUGUAACUUUAAGCAUUUACCAAAACUGUUCCCCUCGCUCAAGGUACUCGAGCUGGACGAUACAAAAAUCAUAUAUAAACGGCUACCAGAAGGAGUUGAACCGUUGGCGUACUUGGAGCGCCGAUUGAGAGAAACACUCCCUUCUUGCAAACUUGUAACUAGGUGUUUGGAAGCGCACACGGUCAAAACAGCACAGGAGAUGGAUAAUGAGUAUAAAUGGCACUUGAAUCAGCUCCUAGAUGGGAAAAUUACGUUAAAAGAAUUGUUGUCACCUGAAGUAAUAAUAUCAUAG